AUGCUUCGUCGACUUGAUACGCAAGCAGAAGACGCGCCUCUCGCCAUCGAAGAUCUCGUUGCAGAAUGCGAAAAUAUACAGCAUAGGUGGAUAAUGCAAACACGGAAGCAAGCCAUGAUGUGCAUGCCGUGCAGUAAAAGAAGGUCAAUUGCUUCAAAUGUGGAGGACCCCAUUACAAAACCUUCUGUCCCCUUCUCAUGAAGCAGUCUUCGAAGGAUGCACCACCGUCACAAGAGGAAUAAAUGCAAAAAUGUUGCUGCAUUCUCCGCUGAGCACGCUAGGACACAUAUCAACGUCGAUGUCCGAGGACACAAACUACGUUUUCAACUGGACACUGGAGCAGAUAUAACGUUGAUAUCGCGUCACACAUGGAGAAGGCUAAACCUUCCUCCUUUAGAACCUUACACUACGCCAGUCAAGACGGCAGAUGGAUCGUCAAUGAAAAUAAUCGGAAGAUUUCAUACCGAAUUCCCUGUAAAAGGCCGAAUCAGUGGUAAACAGCAUCACGGAAAUGGCUACUGUUACGUUACUGAGAGCACAAACCUACUUGGUUUAGAGUGGUGCACUCAACUUCCUGCAUAUAAAGAGUUGCAGGAGAAGUAUCGCUGCCGUAUGGUGAAGGAACCAGAAGCUACCAGGAAUUCCUUAGUUGCAGAUCUGAUGAAGCAGUGCGCAGAGGUCCUCGAGAUGUCGUCGACCACAAUAAAGGCAACUCUGAGAGAGCUCAAAAUGCUAUUCGCGCGGUUCGAGAAUUUAGAUGUGAUUGUGUCAGGCAAUAGAGCACAGUUCACAUCAGAAAUUUUCCAAGAGUCUUGUGACAAGCAAGGUAUAAAGCAUUUUGGUCCAUUGCCCCUCCAAGGACAAGCAGAGCGUUACGCCAGUACUGUGAAGAGAUCCUCACCCAAACCAAAGGAAAGAGACAAGCCAGACCUCCUUGCAGAGUUUCUGUAUUGCUAUCGAAGGACGCCGUGUACCACGACUCCCAAGCAACUUUCGCAAGCCGAAUUAUUGACGCUGCUGAAGGGAAAGGGAUCACACAAGACAGUGGUGGAAAGACAGUUUAAUCCUCACCACGGAGCACGUGAAAGAUCGUACCAUAUUGAACAUCCUGUCUGUAUUCGGAACUAUCGUCCUGGACAGCAGAAGUGGAUUCCUGCCCACUGCCCACGUGAAAAACCGUUAUGGACGAGUAUUGUACGACGUUUUAACGGAAGACGUACAAUUGUGGAGAAGACACACAAAUCAAGUGUGAACCAGAUCAUAACCAAGUGCCACCGAUCGAACAACGAAAACGGCUGGUGA